AUGUAAUUGCGAAUUCUGCCGCAGAGAAAAACAGGCGAAAAAAAGCAGCGAAAAUUUAUGUUCCACAACGUCCAUGGAGAGAAUUCCACUAUUGUUUUUUAAUUCGUCGUCCUGUGCAAAAAACAGAAAAAUAUUACUUUUAAGGCGUACAAAACAAUAAUUCAACAUUAGUUCGUUAUCUCCGACACAUAAUUGAUUAAUAAAAGUGAUUUUAAGUGCGGUAUAAGACAAAGAGAACAACUAUUUUACCUACCUAUUAGUUGAUUACGGACAUCUAAACAACAAUUUGGUCGUCAUUGACCGAAAACUGCAACGAAAUAUCACAGACCUUGGAGUUUCCAACAACUUCAUCAAAGGAACGUUUGUCACUUGGUCGAACACGCAUUGUGUGUGUGCUGUUGCGUGUUUAGUUGUUCUUCUUGGAGAUAGUCGCACUAUUGUUCCACAUCAAGUGAACAAGAAAAAAAUAGGCACAACUCAUCAACACAAAAAAGCAAGAGCGCUGACUACGCUGCUCCAGCGUGUCGUACGAGCGGCGAACUAUGAGCGCCUCGAAAAAAUAUAAAUCGGAAACAGCUACAGAGACUUUACAUCAGCAGGAUACUGAGAAUAUAAAUAACUGUUUUAGAAAAACUGCCGACUUGUUUGGUCCAUCUACAUCGGCAGCGGCAGCAUCUGGAGGUCGCAUUGCACUUGGUCAAAAUAUGCAACGUUCCGGCAGUAAUUCAAACAUAAAUAGUGGCAACAUUGGCGCUGUUGGUGGUGCAACUGCUAACGGUGAAAGGCGGGCCAAUUUCUCCAUGCUGGAUUCAACUCAUAUAAAUGAUCAUCGUUCGUCAACAACUACCUCAGCAUACUUUAACAAGAUGGGAGCCAAUAAUGCUUCAAAGCCAGGAGACGUAAAGAAAAUCGUUAUAAAAAAUUUCAAGGUAAAACCUACACUGCCCGAAAACUACUCUGAAAGUACAUGUCAAAAGCUAGAAGAAGCUGUUGUGGCUAUUCAAUUAUCGCGGCCUAUAAAGUAUUCGCUGGAAGAACUCUAUCAGGCUGUCGAAAAUAUGUGUAGCCAUAAAAUGGAUGCUCAAUUGUAUACAAAACUAAAAGAUUUAACCGAGGCUCAUGUGAAACGUAACGUGGAAACUUUCACCGGAGGUAGCAUGGAUAAGUUGGUCUUCUUAAAGAAAAUCAACGACUGGUGGCUCUCCUAUUGCCAGCAAAUGAUUAUGAUGCGCAGCAUAUUUCUUUAUUUGGACCGUACAUAUGUUUUACAAAACCCAACUGUACAAUCUAUAUGGGAUAUGGGUCUGGAUUUAUUUCGCACUCACAUAGCUCUCAAUAGCCUUGUGCAAAAACGUACGGUGGAGGGUUUACUUAUGCUUAUCGAAAAGGAACGUAAUGGCGAUGCUGUUGAUCGUGGUUUGCUAAAAAGUCUAAUACGCAUGUUAUGUGAUUUGCAAAUUUACAUAAGUGCUUUCGAAGAAAAAUUCCUCGUUGCCACUCGACAAUUGUAUCAAGCAGAGGGUCAGAGGAAGAUGCAAGAAUUAGAUGUUCCCGAGUAUUUGCAGCACGUCGAUAAACGUUUGGCAGAGGAAAAUGAACGUUUGUUGCAUUAUUUGGACUCAAGCACUAAACAUCCUCUAAUAUAUACUGUAGAAAAGGAACUGCUUGCCGAACAUCUAACGCAAAUUCUGCAAAAGGGUCUAGAUACCCUAAUGGAGGAGCAUAGACUGACUGAUUUAUCGUUAUUAUAUAGUUUACUUAGUCGAGUUAAAAAUGGCACAGCUGAAUUAUGCGGCAACUUUAAUGGUUAUAUUAAGAAAAAGGGUCGUACUAUAGUCAUUGAUCCCGAAAAGGAUAAGAAUAUGGUACAGGAUUUAUUAGAUUUCAAAGAUAAAAUGGACAUUGUGGUACGCACAUGCUUCGAUCGCAAUGAGAAAUUUACAAAUUCAUUGCGCGAAGCAUUCGAGUUCUUUAUUAAUCAACGAGCCAACAAACCCGCUGAAUUGAUUGCCAAAUAUGUGGACAUGAAACUUCGUGCUGGAAACAAAGAGGCCACUGAAGAGGAACUGGAACAAAUACUAGAUAAAAUUAUGGUACUUUUUCGUUUCAUACAUGGCAAAGAUGUUUUUGAAGCGUUUUACAAGAAGGAUUUAUCGAAGCGUCUAUUGGUUGGAAAAUCCGCCUCAGUUGAUGCCGAAAAAAGCAUGCUUUCCAAACUCAAGCAGGAAUGCGGUGGAGGUUUCACUUCCAAACUCGAAGGAAUGUUUAAAGAUAUGGAACUUAGCCGUGAUAUAAAUAUCUCGUUCAAACAAUACGUAGCGAAUAUGGAAUGCGAAUUCACAAACAUCGACUUGACAGUUAGCAUUUUAACAAUGGGCUAUUGGCCCACAUAUCCCUUGACAGAGGUUAACAUGCCCCAUCAGCUGGUGAAUCCGCAACUUGUAUUCAACAAAUUCUAUUUGGCCAAACAUAGUGGACGCAAAUUGCAAUGGCAACCAACAUUGGGGAACUGCGUACUAAAAGCUCGUUUUGAUGGCGGUCCUAAAGAACUUAUGGUUUCGCUAUUCCAAGCGCUGGUUUUAUUAUUAUUCAAUGACAGAGAUAUAUUGUCAUUUGAAGAGAUUUUAGCCGCCACAAAUAUUGAGAAUGGAGAACUUAGACGUACGCUGCAAUCAUUAGCUUGUGGGCGUGCCCGUGUCUUAACGAAAGAACCCAAAGGUCGUGAGGUGGAAGAUAAGGAUCAAUUCCAUUAUAAUAAUGAAUUUACCAACAAGCUGUUCCGCAUCAAGAUCAAUCAAAUUCAAAUGAAAGAAACGACGGAAGAGCAAAAAGCCACAGAGGAAAGAGUAUUUCAGGAUCGUCAGUAUCAGAUCGAUGCGGCUAUUGUUCGAAUUAUGAAAAUGCGUAAAACAUUGUCACACAACCUGCUUAUUACGGAACUGUUUAAUCAGUUAACAUUUCCCGUUAAGCCCGCUGAUCUUAAGAAACGCAUUGAAUCGCUUAUUGAUCGUGACUACAUGGAACGUGAUAAGGAUAAUCAAAACCAAUAUAAUUAUGUGGCUUAAGUAAACUCAAAUAUAUAAGGCGACAUUUUAGUCGUCGUAAUCGCCCCCCAUUAAUUUCUCUGUAUAAGUUUCUUUGAAAUGUGAAUCUAAACUAAAAAAUCAAUUAAUUUAAUUGAAUGCAACUACCUAUCCUACCUACAUGCAGAAUACAGCCAAAAUAUGUAUGUUCCGAUAACAUUCAGUUCUUAAAACUAUAUAUUAUCCUACAAAACAAGGAGGUACAGGCAAUCCAAAAAUUGCAUUAGCUGCAACUUUGGUUUUGUAAGUUAAAAGUUUUAAGCGAAACUAACUAAUCUAAAGAAAAUUAAUGUUAUUCAGAACAUACACUAACCCACUGUUCUUCCCACUACCACUAUCAUCCCCUCCCUGCUAUCACUCUCUUUUCUUUGAUUUAUUGAUAUUUUCUCAAAGGAAGCAAAAAUUCAUUUCAAUUAAUUAAAAAAGAAAAACAAAUCUAAAUUAAAGAAAUGAAACUAUUAAAAGGAAAUAUAUUCUAUAUUUUGUUGUUAAA